GAUUUAACUCUCCUGGGGAGAGGCAAAGUUCUGCAGGGGCGAGGGAGGAAGAGGCACAUGAGGGAAGAAAACAUAAAUACAGUAACUGCAGACAUUUAGUCAACUUUACCAAGACUAUGCCAAAGAUGAAAUGGUUAAAUUCGUAGAAUCAAAAGCUAGGUUGAGUAGGAGACUAACAUCUCUGAAUUGUUUUUACCCCAUGCAAUGUUAGUCCUAAAUUGAAUUUGGGUUUUAUUUGCAUGGCAUCUAAAUCAACUGAAAAAAAAUGCCUGAUGAAUAUGACUUCUACUUCUGAAAUGAAUCACUACAAUAAAUGUUUUCAAACUAUAAUAUAAUUUACAGACACCAGUAUGCUGCCAUAACCUUCCAAAAGAGAUUGUAGUGUUUAUGUUGAAACCGACACCUUUAUGAUUCUUGUCUACUUUUUACACAUAAAAAUCAUUUAUACGUUAUGUAUAAGACUAGUUUCAGAUAUGUAAUAAUAACGUCUAAACUUGAUACUUUUAAGGUUUACCAGGGAUAUUUAACAGCUUAAAGUGCUACAGCUGCUUAUAAGCUACAAUUGUACAUGCUAGCAAUAGUAUGUUAGCUACAGCAUGCUAGUUGUCCAUCCAGUUGAUUCGCCAAUAUUCGCCUCUUUCCGUCACGGCCACGAAGUUGUCCCAUUGGCUCCAACUGUCUGCCCGCGGCGGGGAAGGGAGAGGAGGCGGUGGCGAGCAGCAGCUGAAUGACGGGAGAAGCAGUGUUGACAGUUGAGCGCCGACACAGCCCACAGCUGGGACUCACACAGGCCUAGCUAUAUCCGAAACAGCGUGAAUGUGUCAAGGCAAAGACGGAGUGCGAGACAUCGCUUAUCCUUGCAGCGCCUGCGAGAUGUUACGGACCGGGUGCGGACUGCGUGACAAUACGGCGCGGUGUCGAAGCGGAGCGGACGCACAGAGCGGAAUCAGUAGUACAAGUAAAUAAAUAUAUGGGUUAACUCUCUACAGGCAGUUCCUGGGAACACACAUUAUAUUAGAAAGGAAGAUUAGGUCGGUGAAUUCCUGGAAACACGGAGUCCAGAAUGGGAAAUGUAGCGCUUGCAGGCUGGGGUUUAUUCUCAGAAGUUGACGCUCAGACUUCGGCUUCCAGCGGCGUGUAGGAGGCUUGUGUGCCAGUGAACCACCAUCCGUCUUGCACGUUUGACAGAUAGCCAAUCAAAUCUGUUAUUCAAAUCGCUGCUCUUAUGUCAGUGACCUAUAUCCCCGGCAUGAACGCCAAAAUCCAGCAGUAACCUCCCCUCCAGUCCAGACAGCAUGGGGAUUAACGGGAUAGAGAUUCAAGCGAAGCCGUCCACAGAGAAGUCCCGGACGGAGCAGCCGGGCGCAGAGCCUCAGAUGGAGCCGAGAGAUGCUCCCCUGGAGGCGGACGGCAGCAAGGAUGGACAGCCGGAGGGCAGCGAGUGUAAAAUCGCAAAGGAGGAUGGUGCCGUGCAGCUGAUAGACGGAGAGUCCAAGCCUACUCUCUCCGCCUCUCCUGAUGCUGAAGCUGGGGUGCAGCUGGAGAUGCACGGCCAGGGACUCGGAUUUGUCCCACCAGAAGGAGGCUGGGGCUGGCUCGUGGUUUUUGCUGCAACCUGGUGCAACGGAUCCAUCUUCGGGAUUCAGAACUCUUUCGGGAUCCUCCAUACGAUGCUGGUGAAGGAGCACACAGACCCGGAGGACCAAACCUCCCAGUUCAAAGUGGCCUGGGUCGGGGCCCUGGCCAUGGGCAUGAUCUUCUUCUGCUCUCCUGUGGUCAGCAUGUUCACUGACCACUUUGGCUGCAGGAAGACCGCUGUCUGUGGCGCGGCUGUGGCUUUUAUAGGGCUUCUCACAACAUCGUUUGCAAACUCCCUAAUCCUUCGCUACUUCACAUAUGGGAUAUUGUUCGGUUGUGGCUCUUCCUUUGCCUUCCAGCCGUCGUUGGUGAUCCUCGGUCAUUACUUCCGGCAGCGACUGGGCCUGGCCAACGGUGUGGUGACGGCCGGGGCCAGCCUCUUCUCCAUGGGACUGCCAGUUCUUCUGGACAGAUUGAUUGGCCCUCUGGGUCUUAGCAGAACCUUCCAGAUUCUCAGCCUCUUCAUGCUGGUGCAGGCCCUGCUGGCAUUAACAUUCAAACCUUUACUUCCCACCGGGGGAGGCAUGGGCCCGCCGGGGAUGGGCCCCGGCCCUGCUGAAACCCAGACCCAGGCCUCGGCUCAGGGGAUGAGCAAGUGGAGCAAGGUCGUUGCUGGGGUUAGGAAGUACUUCAACCUGCGUGUGUUUCACAUUGUGACGUACCGGGUGUGGGCGUUCGGAGUGGCAACAGCUGUGCUGGGAUACUUUGUGCCAUAUAUCCAUCUGAUCAACUUUGUGAAAGAAAAGUUCAAAGAGAAUAAAAAGGAAUGGGUGCUGCUGGUUUGCAUCGGCGCGUCGUCUGGAGUGGGACGACUUGCCUUCGGAAAGAUCGGAGACCUCAUUCCUGGUCUAUGGAAGAUCUACAUGCAGGUAGCGUCCUUCAUGGCCCUGGGCCUCAUGUCCAUGAUGAUUCCUCAGUGCGCGGUGUUCGAGGCGCUGGUGGUGGUGUGUGUGUUCCUGGGGCUUUGUGAUGGUUGCUUCCUCACCAUGAUGGCUCCUAUCGCCUUCGAGCUGGUUGGGCCCAUGCAGGCCUCUCAAGCCAUAGGUUACCUUCUGGGCCUUAUGUCCCUCCCAAUGACGGCAGGUCCACCAAUUGCAGGUCUUCUUCAUGGCUACUUUGGCAACUACACAAUAGCUUUCUCCCUGGCUGGGGUACCUCCUAUGAUUGGGGGCGUGGUGCUGUUUUUUGUGCCCCUGAUCCACCGCAGGAUCCAGCGAAACCAAGCGUCGCCUGAGGAGACAUCGACGACUGCCCACAUGUUGCCCACCACCCCACCUGCUGGGGAACCCAAGAGCUGCUCCAACGGAGACAUCCUGCCUGGUUAUACAGACGUAGAGACACACAUCUGAGUCACGUCUUACAAACGGAUUCAGCCCACCAGCACUUUUUUUCAUCCCUUGAAUCACCUGUAUCGUUCACAGAAGUCUCACCUUUGGACUUCAUUUCUGGUUUACCUUUAAUCUCUAACCCUUCCAAAUCUCUGCCGGUUAUUUGCUUUUUUUUUUUUUUUUUUUGUGCGCAAAGAAAAGUUCAGAAGCGCACUCCAGCUAGAACCAGCAUGGAGGGCCAGAAGAUGGGAGUUCAGUGCUUGGAUGAACACAACAAAUUCUCAAGGAGAAGAGUUUUCUCAUCAGAACUGUGUAAAAACACCCAAACCUCCAAGGAGGAGGGGGAGAAAAGAGAUCAGCAGGAGAUUCUUCUACAUCAUUUAUCUUACAAUCAUUUUAUUUUUUCAGUUUUCUUAAUAAAUUCAUUAUUAACAUGAAAAGCUAGACAAGAGAUGCAUUUUCUAUGCAAUUUCUGCAGUUUCUAUGUACUGAACCUCAUACGUAUAUGUUAAGAGCUCAUCCAUUGUAUUUAGUUUGUUUCCUAAGCAGUCUUACUUUCAUAGGUUUAUAGUUUAUUCUGCAGCUUCUGCUUUCUUUCCAAACCACCAGUAAAUGGGCUAUUCCUCUCACAGAUGAGCCACUAAACACAAUCACCUCGAAUUAGCUGCAGACAACUUUUAGGUCCUGACCUUUACGCUGUAGGAACAGGUGGGGUCAGAAUCGUCAGCAGAGCGGUUCUGCUGACGAAUCGCUCUGCGAUCAGGAUGGUUUGUCUCCUGAAACCGUCCUCUUUCAGGAGACAGAUGUGUAGAUCUGGCAGCUGGUAGUAUGUUACAUGUUUGGUUUUUUUUUUCAGUUCUCUCUUUUCAAUUUUGAUCUGUUCCUUCUCACUGUAUGGGUACAAGUUUAGUUUUACAGUCAAAUGUUCAAUAGGUUGAGCAUAUUAUUGAUAUCUAACCAUCAAACCUUUCGUAGUGCUAUCUUUUCUAUGUUUAAUAAGGUGCUAGAUAAAUCUGCUUUCACUAUGUUUCUGAUAGCUUUGAAAAAUAAUCAACUGUUACUUUAUUUUGCUGUUUUAGUGGAAAAGAACUCCAUUAUGGAGCUGUUAAGAGAGAUCUAGUAUCCCUUCAAUAAUCUUUUUUUAUUUUAAAUACAUGCAAUACAUUAGAAUGAUGUUAAAGUUGAAACAUUUUCUUUUUUUAAAUAUCUGUUACUGUUCGUGCACACACAAGGUUAAUUACCAAUAGACAGCUGAGCUACAAUAAUGUAACAUUGAUAGAUCAGUAAAUAGCACUAAUCUCCUGUUGUGGGACUUUUCAGUGCAUUUAUAAACGUACAACUACUCAACUCUGACUUUUAAACAGCAUAUAUAAUAAUUUUACACCUACUCCUUUUCAGCUGUGUUUUGACUUGUAGCCUUUAAUGGCUAAAUUCAUUUUUAUGAUUGACAUAGAGAAACAAUAUGGAGAAAAGAAAAAAAAGAAAAACUAGAGAAAGAACAAAUUGGAGCCAAAAGUUACCAAAGACUGAUAAUGUUACUUCUGUAACACCAAACUGGCAUUGAAACAAACAAUAUCCACUCCAGACAGUAGAACGGUAUCCUGAGAUACGCAUUAAACCGUCACCUUAUGAAGAGAUUGUAAAGCCCUCUUGUGUGUCCCCUCUACCUGUAACCUGCAGGUAAAAAACUGUAAUUUUAAACACUAAAAUUCUGUCAGGAUUCAUCUUAUAAUAUUUUAAUUUUUCCUCUGGUUCUGACCAGUCUAGUUACUGCAAUGCCAACUAUCACCAGCGCACGUUAUACUAGCAAACCGUGUGGUUUAAUUUCUGAAUAAUUAUAGUUAGUAGUUUUUAUAUUUUAUGCUUCUCAAAUAUAAAAUAUGCCCUUUAUGCAGUCAAAAGAAGAAUAGCAGGUGGUGUCAUGUCAGAGCAAAUAUCAGCUCACACAAUCCUGUCAAUAUUAAUUUAGAAUAAGAAAUAUGGGAGAACACAUAAUAGUGUGUGACAAUCAAGUCUGAAGGACAAAACAUGAUGUAUCUUCCUUUCAGAAGUGAUUCCUUAACUCUGCAGAAAUGUCCUAAACGUAACAAAACGUUUUUUUUUGUUUGUUCCUGCCCAAAUUCUGCACAUCUAAAUGUGAUUCCUGAUUGUCUGAAAGGAAAAACCGUCGUCCACAACAGGACACAGAAGUUCUGAUCCACUGCAGUUGUGAGCACUGCAGUGUUACUCAUCAGUUUUAAGGUUGAGGCUGGUUAGAGUGUGCCAGCUGGUUAUUUUGAUUGCAGACUUCUUGAAUUGAUGUUGCCAAAUGAGACAAGCGUGGGCCGUUUCUUAGAUAAUUAUGUUAAUUUGCUGCUUUUCAUUAGACUCAGUGGAGGGCACAAAGUAUUGUUGUGGCAGUAAUGAAACACAACAUCACACCCCUGGCGACCCUAACGGGGCAGUUUGCAGUUAUUUCUCUCACUGGGACCACCUGCUUCUGCUGUACUGUAGACUAAAACGUGAAGCAACGCUGCUCUACUCAAGCAUUAUGAUCGGAUAGAAACAGGAACAGUAAAAGGUGAAGUGGAGAAAAGGGAAAGCUGUGGUGCUCAGCUAACUUUCCCUAUUUGUUUAGAUAUUUUUAUCAUCAGGUCUGCUGCUGUGCUGUAACAGUGUGGAGCCUGAAAGUUACACAAACCUCUUCUCUUGAGAGGUUUCCUGCUGGCUGCGCCAGACGACUGACGGUUCCUGAACACUUAUACCUCAGUAAUCAAAUGUUCCUCAGCAGUCCAAUAGAACAUCAUGCUGACAUUCUCCAUUUCUAGUAUUUUUCUGUUUAUGUGUUGUAUUUCUGUUUUGUGUGAGCCACAGUUCUACCAAUUGCCGUUCAUCGAUCAUGCCAACAUUUACUUUCAACGUUUUUGUUCUUUCUCUUGACUUUUCCUUUAUUAGCUCUUGGUUUUUACUUUUAUGCUCACAGUUUAAAUGUCCCUGCUAUGUGUCUGUAGGGUGGUCUUUUUUAUGUCCUUUUGCUAAAGAAACCUUUAGAUAAAUGUCAAAUAUCCUUAAAUGAAUCACUAGAAACACUUGACUGUAACGACAGGAGAUCAGAAACUCCGGUUUGACUAAGUUUUUAAGCUUUGGGGUUCAUUUAAACUGAAUUGCCGACAAGUUUCUUUUAAGUUUUGUAGUUAAACAUAAUUACAAAAGAUGCUGCCUAUAAAAGCUGCAUGGAAACCGCAUAAGUAAACAAAUGCCUUUUGCAGAUUUAGUUUUUUUGUUUCGAUUGUGUGAAAUAUUUUUAUUGAAAUAAAUACCGAAGUGUGUUGAUAUGUAGCUCUUGCACCGAAGCAAAAAUAUUCAAUUAUGUUGUAAUUAAACAUUGCACUUAGUUAUUCCUGUAAGCAAAGGAGGACCCAAUGUCACUAAAGUCACACGUUGAAGCAAACGUUUCGGGGUGUAAAAGUUGUCCAAAGGGCCAAAUCUUCUGGCAGCCAUAAAGUAGGACGUUGAGGUGAAACCAGCUGCCAUUUAUUAGGUUGUAUAGAUUCUGUUUAUAUAUGGUGUGAGUUGUUAUUGUUUGCCCUGUUUUAUAAUGACUUUGUCAGUCAGCAGCUCUCACCUCUGUCUUUUUAUGCAAGUCGUUUCUUGUUUUGCAACCAAGUGGUGAUGCGUUAACCUGUGAAAACCCUUGAAUGGAAAUCUGCCUUACAUUAACCGUGUCAUUAGCAGGCGGCCAAGCUGCACACCAGCAGCUUGGCCAAAGUCAAAGGAUUUGCUUUUAACUUUGAAGAAUCCCUGCAUGUCCUCGCUUAAAAGUAGUCAAACUUUACUUUCACCUAGCUUCUAGAACCAACCAGGUGCUCCUUUUUUAUCAACUACUGUAGAUUUAAAAGAGGAAAUGGACUGAUUUGAUGUAAUUAGUAAUGGUUUUGUGUUAUUAUUUGUUGCUGUGUGCAUUGAAAGUGCUGGCAGGAGAUUUGCUGUGCUGGCUUAUCUGUGAAGAUUAGAGCUAAUAUAUGUUGGUGAAGGAACGGAGUGGAUGUAGAGUGAUAGAAAACAUUUGGAUGGGUGAAGGUGUGUGUGAGUUUAGUUUGCCAAAGUGUUUUUGUUCAUGCAGCAUCACUGGUCCUGUUACCCUGAGCGUUGAAUUCUGAAUACGUCAGACUCCUGACGAUACAGUUCCUUAAAACUGUGUUCAUGCUCUUGCACUUUGUCACAUUACAACCACAAACAUCAGUGCAUUAUAUUGUUUUAUGUGACAGACCUACACAAAGUGGUGUAUAGACUAGAGCUGCAGGUGUUUAUUGUGAUAUCACUACCAGAGAACAUUGUCGGUUUUCUCAGCAAAAUAGCUCAAGCUUAGUCAGAUUACAUGUAGAACGUUUGCAGAAGACAUUUCUCAAGUCUUAUCACUAAUUCUCAAUUGGAUUUAACUUAAGCUUUGAUUAGGCCAUUCUAACAAAAGGUGGUUGCAUAAUGAUCCAGUCAGAGCUACAAUGAAAUAGUCAAAUCCAUAGUAACUUUCCAGAUGUGAAUCUCAAAUCUUUCCCAGCCUCUAACAAGUGUUCCACCAUGGGGUUGUUUGUGUUGCCAACCAAAGAUGUGCAUCCCACAGCAUGUUGCUGCCACCACCAUGUUUCACACUAACAUGGGUGUGUUUGUUGUUUGAAACAUUCAAACAAAUGUUUAUGUUUUCAUCUAAACCACAGAUGUUUAGGCCCAUUCAUUUGAUCCACAUCUUUAAUCAGCUUCCCUGUUCUUGCCGAUGGCAUCCCCACAGCAUGACGCUGCCACCACCGUGUUACACCGGUGGCAUAAUGUGUCUUUUUCUGUUCUGUCAGGUUUGACGUAUGGCCGUGUCUUGGUAGGUUUCACAGUUGUGCCAUAAUACUUCAAGAUCCUGGUGGAGUCUGUUUGCUUUUUAGGUAACUUUUGGUUGGGCUGAACCUCAUGCAGUAUCAGCGUAAAAAGACGUUAAACCACAAUUUUCAUAUCUUUGCAACAUUUCCCGUCUGUCGGUCUGUUGCAUAAAGUCCCACUGAAAUACAUUGAGGUUUGUGGUUGAAACAAAAACAAAUGCAGAAAGGUUCAAGGAGCCUGAAUACUUUUGCAAAGCACUGUAAAUGUUUAUUCAGCAUUGAAAGCUACGAGCUGCAGUAGACACGCACAGCGGGGCCUCUUAUGUUUCACUUUAAUGAGCUCCAAACACUAAUACUAGUUUUUAUAAUAGUUUUGAACGUGUGUUUUUCUAAUUAAUAACUACCCAGGCUUCCUUUAUUUUUAUUUCUCUCAAGUCGCUCUCUUUACCUGCAGACUGUCUAACCACACAGUCUGCAGGCUGAAGCCUCGGAGUGGGAGCUGUAAUUCAUGCUCCGUUUGACAUGUGACAAGGUAAAACCUCCCUAGGGCACAAUCCCCAGUUGUUGCAACGCUCUGGAAUUCAUGCUAAACAGGUCAGGUGAACUUGAAAGAGUUUGAGCAAUUAAACUGUUCUUCUUAUUUGAAAGCGGCCAGAAGGAAGAAGCUGGCCUCUUAAGUUUCAUCUCAUUAUCGGACUCACUGGCUUGAAGUGAGUCCAGACUUUUGUAACACCCCUGUCUUGUUAUUCUGCCGGGCAGCAGGCCGUUCUCCUGGACUCCUCUGACCUCGGUCUGCUUUACCGUUUAACUGGUGUGCUUUACCUCACUUCCAAACCACACAAACACCUGAAACCGAUAGCUGAAGGACUGAUUGUUAGAAAUCUGAGCCAUGAUACACAACAUGUCUGCACUUCAUAGACUGCCGGCCUUCCAGCAAGAAUACUCUGUUGUAUUUUUGCCAGUAAAGAUCUGAUUUUCUGAAUACCAUGUGAACCUUUCUGUGUCUUUCAUAUGUACCAGAAACUACAAAGUUUUUAUAUGUGUGUUGCCAUUAUUCCAGCUGCAGAUGCGUUUUCACAGUUACCGUUUGGUGUUGCUGGUCAUUGUUGUUUAUGGUCCUACGUUCAUGUUCAGCCCAGGCCUUCCCACAGCCUUACAUGUUGAAAUAUGCAGAGACUUUCAGUGCAGAAGUCUGUUAAACUUUCUUUCUCUGUAAACUCCAGCAGGUUGCUGAAACUAAGCCUCUUUUGCCUCUCCGCACUUUGCAAAGCUGCAAGCUUCUGUCCCACACCAGCUCUACCAUUUCAUCCUUUUGUGUAAUCCAAUGUACAACAUGAUCUAACAUGGUCAUUGAGCACAUUAGAUUGGGAAUUUAAGUCAUGCUGCUAGAAAAAAAAUUGUCUUUGUGUUUUGUUAUAAUUUUGAAUCCUCAUCAAAAGAUUCACGUUUUUUUUUUCUAUUAAACUUUCAAUAAAGUAUAAAAUUGGA